AUGUCCACGCUUCCUCUCAAGGCGAUUUCGCGAAUAUGGGGACGGUUCAACGAGUUGACGAUACCCUAUUCCUUGAGAGUCCCGGGAUUCAAAUUGUACGGCUGGAUCUUCGGUGUCAAUUUCGACGAAGUGGCGGAACCAGACCUCCACGUCUAUCCAAAUCUGGCGUCAUUCUUCUUCCGAGAAUUGAAGCCUGGACUUCGUCCUCUUGAUCCCAAUCCGAAUGCAGUCCUAUCACCAGCCGACGCACGAGUCCUACAACUUGGAACCAUUGAGAACGGCGAAGUUGAACAAGUCAAGGGCAUGACUUACAGCGUCGACGCUCUUUUGGGGAGAAUUGCCCCUACCACGCCGAACCCGCAGGCACCGUCAAACAUCUUUGCUGUGCCAAAAGAUCCCCACUCCGGUGCCUCCGAUAGUCCCGGUACCAGAUCUAUCACCGCGGAUGAAGAAUUUGCCAACAUGAACGGCAUUUCAUAUACUCUCCCCAACCUGUUCUCUGGCUCACAACAAGCAAGUACAUCUCCCAAACAAGACGCUUCCACAAAGUCUCUCCCUUCAUCCGAAGCAGCCGUCUCGGCAGAUCUCGCAACAACUCAACCUUGGUGGUCUCCAUUCUCCUCUCCAUCAACCGACAAGAAACUCUACUAUGUCGUGGUCUACCUUUCCCCCGGCGACUAUCACCGCUUCCACUCCCCUGUCAGCUGGGUCUGCACUGCCCGUCGCCAUUUUGCCGGCGAGCUCUAUUCUGUGUCACCCUACGUCCAACGCAUAUUGCCAGGACUAUUCACCCUGAACGAAAGAGUCGUGCUGCUCGGCCGCUGGAAAUACGGUUUCUUCAGCUGCACGCCGGUCGGUGCGACGAACGUCGGCUCCAUCGUCGUCAAUUUCGACAAAGAACUUCGCACGAACUCUCUCACCACCGAUACCGAAGCAGGCAGACAAGCUGCCGCCGCGGCGGAGAAGGGCGAGCCUUACUCUGGAUUCAGUGAAGCAACCUACGACCAAGCAAGUAAAAUCCUGGGUGGCCAUGCACUACGAAGAGGUGAAGAGAUGGGCGGCUUCAAACUCGGAUCCAGUAUUGUGCUGGUGUUUGAAGCUCCCGCUGGCCGGAGAAAGAUGAGUCUCGGCGAGGGUAGCGCCAGUGGUGGAGAGUUGAAAGGCGGGUUCAAGUGGGCUGUUGAGAAAGGUCAAAGAGUCAAAGUUGGCCAGGCUUUAGGAUCUGUCGUGGAUGAAGAAUAG